AUGAAUUUCGAAACAAAAACAAAUGCACCUAGUAUUAGGAAAAACAAACAAAAUUAUAAUAGAUCCACUUUAAUGUCUUCCGUUGCAGGUGAUUGUGUUACAACAUUCAAAGCAGGAGAGGAUAGAUUUCUAAAUUCGUUGCUCGUCUCAGGAGAUGGAAGGGUGCUGGUGUGCGGUGAUGAAACACAGAAACCAUUCCCUUUACUAGUGUGGUCUCUAACAUCACGUAAGCUGCUCUACGAUCUGCGUAUACCACAUCAUGAUUUCAUUACAUCUAAAGCCGCUAUCACAUAUGAAGGAUCAUACGUGUGUGUGGUGUCCCGCGAAUUGGACGAGCCGAGUCCCAACUUCAUCGUAGUGUAUGAUCUCCAAUCUGGCACUUUGUUCAAGAAGUGGAAGCCGGGAUGCGAUACCGUCGCGCUGGCGAUCAGUAACUGUCGUCUGACGUUGCGGGGACACGUGGCGGCGCCGGGACUUCUGCGGCUGGCGAAGGCGGGCGGAGUGCUACUCUCCGCCGACCACUCCUGCCGGGACCUGUCCGUGCGCCUGUGGGACCUGCUCACAGGCAAAUUGAUAGCAGUAUAUACACCACCGGAAAGAAUAACGUCAUGCGAAGUGUUGCUAGGUGGAUCCGUUCUCGCGAUGGCCCUCGAAAACUACAAGGAGAUAUUGUGUGUUAAAUUAGAAGGUCCACUAGUGGACUCCGUACGUGCCGGUCGUGAUUGUGAAAACGACGACGAAGGCUACGGCGACGAAGCGAGCGAAGGCAAAACAUUUGUUGUGAAAAACGAAGCGUGCUGA